UCUUCAAUCAGUAUACAGUACAAUCAAAAUCAACCACAAUGUUCACCAAAUUGAUCUGCAUCGCCGCCCUGGCCAUCUCCUGCGUCUGCGCUAAGCCAGGAGUCGUCGCUCCAGUUGCCUAUUCAGCUCCUUUGGCCUACGCUGCUCCAGCUCCAGCCUACGUAACCGCCCAAAGCUCGCAGGUCAUCGCACGCAACUACAAUGGAGUGGCUCCUCUGGCUUACACCGCUGCCGUCGCUUCCCCAGUGACUUACGCUUCCGCUGCUCCAGUUGCUUACGCUGCCCCGGUUGCCAAUGUCGCCGCCCCACUUGCUUACUCGGCUCCUGGUCUGGCUGCUGCUGCUCCUUUGGCCUACACUGCUGCUGCCGCGACUCCAUUCGCUCGUACAUUCGCAACUCCUUAUGCCGCUCCAUUCGCAGCCCCGUAUAGCGCUUAUCCUUAUGUGCUGUAAAUUGAAGGAUAUGAAUGGGCUGAUUUUGUGAUGGAAAGACUUGUAUUAUUUAAUUGAUAAUCUUCAAGAUUUGUAACUUUAUCGCUGUUGUCAUAAUAUUAUAAGAUCAGAAAAACAUGCGCUUCUAACUAAAUGACUUUUUAUGAAUUGGUAAUUCACUGGGUUCAGGGUCGGAUUUGCCGUUGGUGUUAAGAGCAAGGUGGUGCUUUUUGUUUAAAAUGUUUAUAUAGGAUAUGUAGGAGGUUUAGGGGCAUAAUAAACACACGG